ACAGCUGGGUUUCUCGUUCCUGUUCGUUACAGACUAUACCUUAUUGGAUAUGACUGGGAACGGAACCCUGAAUAUGGCUGAGAAGUCUACAAAAGGAGAAACACUUUGUGCAGGGUGCUCUAAACCUAUAGGUAUGAAGUGGGUGGUAGCGCUCGACCAGAAGUGGCACAGGUACUGUUUCAGUUGUGACUCCUGUAAAAUGCCCAUUGACUCUAAGAAGUCUUUCUUCUUUGAUAAGGCACUUUUUCAGUUGCAUAAUCGCUGCAUCAUGUCAUCGGCCACGUGUCCGGCCUGCUUCACCAAGAUAACAGACAAAACCUGGAUACUCUUCUCUAAGGCUAAAUACCAUAAGGAGUGUUUUACGUGCCAUAAGUGCCACCGGAUGAUUGGGGCUCAUGAGUCACUUAAACAUAACGGAGGUGUGAGAACCUGUGUAGACUGCGCUAAAAAAGACGAUCCUUCUAUCGGAGAAUCCAAGACUUGUCAAGGGUGUGGGGAGGCAAUAGACAAGGCGUGGGUUAUAGGGCUAGGUAACACUUGGCACUCCAGCUGCUUCAAGUGUACUGAGUGCACCAGAGUUAUUGACCCUAAGGAAAAGUUCUUCAAGGUGGAAGUUGACGGUAAACAUGUUCCAAAAUGUGGCGAUUGUAAGGUUACCAAAGGAGUUGCUGGUCUUGAUGUCAAGGAGAAGGUGUGUGCAGGAUGCGAAAAAGAAAUAGAGUCAGCGUGGGUAGUGGCCCUGAACAAACACUGGCACCAUGACUGUUUCAAGUGUUCUCACUGUGAUAGGAAGAUUGAUUCUAAGGAACAGUUUCUUACUAACCUCGGUAACCCAGUAUGCAUGGGCUGCAACAACGAUCACUUUCGUAGCAAAUGUGCGGUGUGCAGUAAACCUAUCGCUGGCACUAGUCUAAUCUACAAAGAGAGUUCCUUUCAUCAUGCCUGUGUGAACUGCUAUGUCUGUGACGAAGCAUUCAAAGUUGGUGACCACGAGAACAUAAGGAUUGUAAAUGGAAAGGACUUUAAACACGCCGAUUGUAAAAAGUAAAUAAACCAUCAAGAAACUACUGCAUGAGAUAAUUUGAUAUUAAAAAUAUGUAACACUGAAAAUGGUUACUACGAAUUUUGUGCCUUUAAAUUUUCUAUUAUUAUUUAUGCACUGUAUUAAGAUUUUUAGAGACAAAAUUUGAAUUGAUUUAAUUUGACGUAAAAAGUAGAUUUAUAUAUUCUGAUUUGAUAGUAUUAGCAUAAAGGCAUUUUUAUACAAUUUGAAAAGUUUUUCAUGUAUUUUACCAUUAACAAUUUGUGGCUAAUACCGAGCGAUUUAUUUAUUUAUUGCACGAGUAUG